AUGCCGGCGGCCGCGGACACAGGCCAGGAGGCUGGCCUGAGCAAUACCGGUGACAAGGACAGGGACCUGCAGAUGCUGUUCCAGGAACUCUGCCAACUCCAGGCAAAACAGAGGAAGCUGAAGAGAGAGGUGGAGAAGCAUAAGGUUUUUGAAGACUAUCUGAUCAAGGUCCUUGAGAAAAUCCCCAAGGGCCACAACCAAAAGGAGGAGCCGGAGGCGGCCCUGGUGGAGGCCAUGGUGGAGCACUAUGGGAAACUCUUCGCAAUCAGCCAGGACAUCCAGAAGCAUCUGGAGGCCUUCUUCAAGAUGAGCCAGGCCGUCCACCAAAGCCUGGAGGGACCUCUAGAGGGAGGCCAUAGGGCUCUUAUCCUGAGCCUCAAGAUCCGGCUGUGCCAGCUGCAGAAGAAGUGUCACCGCAAGCAGGAGCAGUGGCGGCAGUUGGAACAUGGUGUCACCUACCAGAAAGACACAGGCAGCUGUGAUGUGAGAAGUAAGGUUGCUGAUCACAACCCUGAAGGCCUGAAGUCCACAACUCUGGAGCUUCCCAGAAACCAACUGCUCAACUGCAUGCAAACGGCCAUCCACAGCACGGCCCAGCAGCGCUGCGCCUCUGCCCACGGUGUGCCCAAGGGCGCGGGUCUCUUCUCCAAGCUCGACCUCAUCCGGGAAUUUAUGUUGGACAAAAUGGAGACUGUGAGAUUCAUCUCACCGCUCACGGGACCCAGAGUGUGCUGGACAGCAGACAACCCCAAGGACCAGGGCCUCAGAAGUUACCCCAGACCAUUCAGGAAACAUUCAAAGAGUCAAGAUUCGAUCCCCAGGACCCCCUUUCCUAGCACCCAGACUUCAGAGUGCUCCAGCCUGUACUGA